CAAAAAAAACAACUUUGUUCAACAACCAAGUAGGUUCUUGGUUAUGUAAAUGUACAAUAAUGUACAAUAAUUUUGACAAUGUGUAUACAAAAUUGGUCUACAUUAGUGCUCAUAGCAGGUUCUUUUUUUAUCGCUAUGAUGUAGAACUAUAAUCCUCUUUCAUUAACUUCCCUUCAUUAAAAAAAGUUGAAAAUUUAAGACUAAUUUUAUUAUCAAUAAUACUUUGUAAACUUGCUGCUCUUCAUUAAUCUAUCAAAACUUCCCGUUCUUACAUAAUUAUUCCAUCAUUAUUCAACUGUUAUUCAAUUGUUUUAUGGGGGUUCAUCUUAGAAUGUCAAAAUCAUCUUCAUCAAUAUCUUCAUCAUCUUUUCCCAAACUACGUUUGGGAAAAGAAUUGUGCUUCUGCGAGUUGGAAGCCACAUUGAAAUGGUCAACUACUACAAAAAACCCAAGAAGACCCUUCUUAGGGUGUGCAAAGUAUAAUACCCAGGGCUUACCAUAUUGUAAGUUCUUCAAGUGGUUGGAUGGUAAUGAAGUGAUUGAGCUACAACAACAAGAAAGAAUUGAUGAACUGUUAAAGAAAGAGAAAGAUGUAGAGAACAUACUUCAGAUGCUGGAAAAGAGGGAGAUUGAGCUACAUAAGAUAGUGGAUCGCCUUGAGAGGGUAAGCAUGGUGCUGUCCAAUAAAAGCGACGAGGUUACGCAAAAGGAGUUGGUGCUUAAUGCACAAGAAGCUAGAAGAAGGGGGUUGUGCACGCUAUUUUGGAUUUACUGUUGUUUUGUAUUUGUACAUGCAUUUUACCUUGUGUUAUAUAAGUGAAUGGGGGAUUGUUGUUAACUAGUGUUUUCUAUUUUGGUGGAAUAGAAAUCCUUGUUAUGUAACUCUGAGGUGAUGAAUGUAAUUUAAGAUUGCUGGGUACUUGUUUCUGUGGCAAAGAAUAGAAGAUGUUCUUUUUGGUACAAAUGCUUGGUUGGAAUGAAAUUGAUG